UCAUACUCAGAAUGUUCCAUUUUUGAUAGGUGGAAGGUAAUGUAACGAUAAAAAAAUAUCCAAAAAACCUAGCCAUCCUGUAGUAUACGUACCAUCUAAUAGGUGUCUAAAUACCUUCAGAUCUGUCAGCCACAUUAAAAAGGCCGCCAAUCGGCCGCGUUUAUGAGCGAUUUCCGCGGCCGACCCCCCCCGCUUAACAGUGGAUAUACUGACGCGGUUCUCUAUUCGCUGCCCUUUUCCGCUCUUGUCGUCGCGAGAGAGUCGCACGCGGAUUGUCCUGCUCGCCGAAAUAAAGCGAUAAAAUUUCACAGACUUGCAAAGUGAGUAUUUGAUUGUCGGAACUUACUCCUCCUCUAUAUAAUACCUCCGAAAGUACUUGAAUGUUAGACACAAGGAAACAAAGCAUCCUUAAGAUUACUAUGUAAAUGCGCGAUAAAAAAUGUACCACCUCGGCCCGCGUUGCGUCGGUUUUAAUGAGCUCCGGCUUUGAGUGCAUGGUGUUCAGGCUCGAGUCACCCCAACCUAACUGUGCCCAUCCACCCAUGCUUCGCGGAUGAAAGGGGCCCACCAAGCAUUUCUGUUACUUGAUCCCACUGCCGGGCACCUCCAGCCGAAGUGAAAAUCCUCCCCCCCCCCUCAAAUCAAGAUAUGGAUCAGGCCAAGCUGGAUCAGGCUCACGUGGACAGCACCACCUGUGCACCUGCGGAGGGGUGGCCUGGAGUGGUCCCCCGGGAGGGAAACGGCACUUCGUCCUCACCGGAGAGCAGCAGCGUAAACGGCGACGUGCGGCGCGUAGGGAAGCGGCAGCGGCGCCGCAAGCGUUCCUCUCGCUCGGAGACCAAGGCUGCUGGCGUGGAAGGGCGUCUUGGCGGGCGAGGGGACGGGCAAUAUGUCUCCCCCAGCGAAAGCCGCUCCCCUGGGCCCAGCGCAAUGCUGCUCGGGCUCCAGGCGGACACAGUGUGGUUCGGCCGCAGCGCCUAUGAGCAGGCCGAGAGCUCCUACCAGCGGUGGCUGGUCAGUCAGGCUUCUGCCCCGGAUGGGUCCAUUCCACCGGCACCAUCGGGCCGGGAGACCUCGCGCAGUCCUCCAUCCGUUACCCCAGCCAUGUCCGAACAGUCUGCCGAUGGUCGCCAUGCUGACCAGGAGGCCUGCCACCACCUGGUGCAGGCAGUGUUGGCGAACAAGCCGUCCUCCGACUCAGCCGAGCGCUGUCUCAUGGAGCAGGCCCACCCCCGUGCUGCUCCCGGGUCCCUGUCCCUCCCCCCCGGGCGCGGCCUGGCCGCUCAGCCCACCCCCGACGAGGGCUAUCUCACCCAGGCCCCCACCCCAGCUACCCCCUCCCCCAUGGCCCAGCAGGAGUCUGUGAACGGGCUGCCCCGUUUUCCCGCCGAGCUAGUCGGGGGCGUGUGGGUGGAGAAGCCUCGCUACGACCAGGCGGAGUCCGCCUACUACCAGCGGCUGUAUGGCCGUUCUGCGGCGGCCCAGGGUGGGGACAAGCCCGCAGGAGCCAAGGACUCCGGCAGGCCAGCCAAGGUGGCAAAAGACCAAAAUGGGCCAGGACCUGAGGAAAACGGCGCCCCCCGGAGGGACAAGUAUCGCCCGUCUUCACAAGGAGGACGGUCGGCUGACAUCACAAGCUUACUCGUUUUUUUUUUUAUAUAUAUAUGUGUGCAUACACUUUUGUUGUGUGUGUGUGUGUGUGUGUGUGUGUGUGUGUGUGUGUGUCCUGCAGCAUGUUACUUUAUAAACAAAAGUCUGUAAAUGUUCCACAUGAGGCAGCUCUCUGAAGCUAUGUUGUGGUUUUAUACAUCCAGUUUUGUAGUCUUUUAGCGUUUAUACAUCCAGUUUUGUAGUCUUUUUCGACGCGUUUGUUCUUCAGGCUUUUUUGACGCGGUUUCUUGUUGCUGCGGGGCCGUGUGAUUUAGAGGUCAGGCCUCUAUUUGAAGGCCGGCAGACAUUCCACCCGGUAGCUGGGUUGUUUUCGGAGCAGAUGACGAGCUCCCCUUCCGCAUCCUCGCCCCUGGCAGCUCGUGUCUGAUGUACCUCCCAGUGUCCUUGUGAAGGCUUUGGAAUCCCAUCGAUUUUCUUGAGGCUAGACAGGGAACCUGACCCAUAUCCUGCCAGGGCUUGUAGCUGUUAAGCUGUUGGUCAGUGAGCAGCCUGCCUGCCCCACCCCCACCCCGUCUGGCGGCCUGUAGCCAAUGAGAGUGCCUCGCUGCCCUCAUGUGACUCCACUCUCCUUCCUGUCUCC